GCCAUCAAUGCAAAGACGCCCUGCAUUUUGGUGGAUGUCGUAGUGGUUGGCCUGGAUCCGGGAUUGCACGUCUUCCACAUAAACGAAAGUGGCGAUGUUUCCCUAGGGUGCGCCUCUGUUGGCGACCAUUAUAAUCAGCGUCUGUCCCGUCAAGGCAGCUCAGAAGCAUCGCCUUCAGAACGGCACGCUGGCGACUGCGCUGAUGAGAGUAGACGGGCGAAGAUCAGGUUCGUGGAUUCUGUGCUGAAGAUGGCGAAGAUAAUUGGAAGGGCCGUUGUUGUAACAGGCAGUGCUGACGAUCUGGAACUUGGUGCAAACGACCAAAGUCUGAUUGACGGCAACUCGGGCGAAAGAAUCGCCUGCGGGAUAAUUGCUCGCUCGGCGGGAAUAAUGAAGAACUUUAGAUGUGAUGGAGUUUCGCUUUGGGAUGAACGCAACAGACCUCUGGCUGGAAAGGAGCGCUCCCAAAAGCUGUAAGUGUUUCACAUUCACCUCUGACUCUG